GUGGGUCGCGUCCAGCGCGUUUUGGUUGUGUACAUGCGUAACCGGCUGUCUACCGACAGUUACACUCAUGCUGAACUAAACUUGAAGUCUUUCAUCGUAGCUGUUAGAGAUGGCCACCACGGAGAAAGAAACCCCCGCUAAAAAGGCUGCAGCGCCUUCUGUGUCUCAGAUAAAUGCCGAAUAUGUCACACAGUUGGCUAAUAAAUAUUGGGCACCUCAUGCAAAGAACAAACUGCCCUUUGAUGCCAAGGUGAUGGAAGAUGUCUACGAUAAAGAAAUUCUCAAGUCCAAAUUCGCCAUCAGAAAAAUUAUGCUGCUUGAGUUCAGCCAGUAUCUUGAGAACUACCUGUGGGUGAACUACACUCCAGAGGUGUCCAGCAAGGCUUACCUCAUGUCCAUCUGCUGCAUCGUCAACGAGAAGUUCAGAGAGAAUGUCCCAGCUUGGGAGGUGUUCAAGAAGGACCCCAGCCAUUUCCCUUUCUUCUUCAAAUGUGUGAUGGAAGCUGUAUUAGCGGGCGAACAGGUCGGCCUCACUCUGAAGGAACAAACCGUGCUGCUGGUCUUCCUGGAUCACUGUUUCAACAGUCUGGAGGUUGAUUUGAUCAGAGAGCAGGUGCAGCAGCUCAUCUCCCUGCCCAUGUGGAUGUGCCUCCUACCAUCCAGACUCCAGCACGAGCUGAGGAAAGUUCCAAAGCUGCAGAAGUUCUGGAAUCUAAUCACGAAGAAAUUUGAUAAGAUGGAUGCUGACGCAGCUGAGCAGGCAAAAAAAGAGAGGACCUUCCUCUCAGCUCUCAUUAAAAAGUUUCUCGGAGUUCUCAUGUCAAUUCCGCCAUCAGGGCCUGCAUGCAUGGAUAAAGUGCAUUACUGUGAGAGAUUCAUUGAACUCAUGAUUGAUUUGGAAGCCCUGCUGCCCACCCGACGUUGGUUUAACACAGUGUUGGAUGACUCUCACUUGGUGGUCAGCUGCCACCUGUCCAGCCUCACCCAUAGAGAGAAGGAGGGACACCUCUUCUGCCAGUUGCUGGACAUGCUGAAGUUCUACACAGGUUUUGAGAUCAAUGACCAGACAGGAAACGCCCUGACAGAGAAAGAGAUGACCACUCUGCACUAUGACAGGAUCCUCUCCCUACAGAGGGCAGCUUUUGCUCAUUUCCCAGAGUUGCAGGACUUUGCCCUGUCCAACGUAGCAGCAGUCGACACUCGAGAAUCCUUGACCAAACACUUUGGGCAUCUCAGUCCCAAUACGCUCCACCAGGUGGCCUCAUAUCUGUGUCUGCUGCCAGAGCUGUCUGAAGGACAAGACACCUCCUAUGAGAAGGAGGUUCUCCUUGAGCUGCUGGUGUCUCGUCAUGAGCGAAGAAUCUCUCAGAUUGAACAACUUAACCAGAUGCCCCUUUAUCCAACAGAGAAGAUAAUCUGGGAUGAGAACAUCGUCCCGACGGAGUACUACUCAGGCGAAGGUUGUCUGGCACUACCAAAGUUGAAUCUCCAGUUCCUGACCCUCCAUGACUACCUAUUGAGAAACUUUAACCUCUUUCGUCUGGAGUCCACCUAUGAGAUCAGACAGGACAUAGAGGAUGUGGUGUGGCGUAUGAAACCAUGGCAAUCCGAGUACGGUGGAGUGGUGUUUGGGGGCUGGGCCAGGAUGGCACAAACGAUCACCUCUUUUUCCAUAGUAGAGGUUGCCAAGCCCAAUAUUGGAGAGAGCUGGCCUGCCCGUGUGCGAGCUGAUGUCACUGUUAACCUCAAUGUGCAAGAUCAUAUCAAGAAUGAGUGGGAAGGGCUGCGGAAGCAUGACGUUUGCUUUCUGAUCACGGUGCGGCCCAACCUGCCCUAUGGCACACGCUUCGACCGGCGCCAGCCCUUUGUGGAGCAGACCGGCCUGGUGUACGUGAGAGGCUGCGAGGUGCAGGGUAUGCUGGAUGACAAGGGACGUGUCAUUGAGGAAGGACCUGACCCAAAGCCUAAGCUGCGUGGAGAUGCCAGGACAUUCCGCGUAUGGCUGGACCCAAACCAGUAUCAACAGGACAUGACCAGCAGUAUUCAAAGUGGCACUGAAGACCCAUAUGAGACUUUCAACAUCAUCAUGAGACGCAAACCCAAGGAGAACAAUUUCAAGGCAGUGCUAGAGACCAUCAGAAACCUAAUGAACACAGAGUGUGUCGUCCCAGACUGGCUUCACGACAUCAUCCUUGGGUAUGGAGACCCAGGCAGUGCCCACUACUCCAAAAUGCCCAAUCAGAUCUCCACGUUGGAUUUCAACGACACCUUUCUGUCCCUGGACCAUUUACGUUCAUGUUUCCCUGGUUACACCAUAAAGGUCACUGAGGAGAACCCAGAGCUGCAAGUCUUCCCCUUCAGAAUCACAUUUCCCAUCUCAAACAAAGCAGAAAAAGGGAAGAAGAGGAAGGCUGAUGAAGAAGUGGAAGACAAAGAGGAAGACAAGACUUUGAUCGUUGAGCCCUACGUCACCCCCAACCGAGGGCCAUAUCCCUACAACCAGCCCAAACGGAAUACAAUCCAGUUCACUCCGACUCAAAUUGAAGCCAUUCGAGCCGGGAUGCAGCCAGGACUCACCAUGGUUGUUGGACCACCUGGUACCGGAAAGACAGAUGUUGCCGUUCAGAUCAUCUCAAACCUCUAUCACAACUUUCCAGAGCAGAGGACCCUCAUAGUCACACAUUCAAAUCAGGCUCUGAACCAGUUGUUUGAAAAGAUCAUGGCUCUAGACAUCGACGAGCGCCACCUCCUGCGUCUGGGCCACGGAGAAGAGGAGCUGGAGACUGAGAAGGACUUCAGCAGAUAUGGCAGAGUUAACUAUGUCCUAGCCAGAAGACUGGAGCUCCUCAGAGAGGUGGGGAGGUUACAGGAGAGCUUGGAUGUCCCGGGAGAUGUUUCUUACACCUGUGAGACUGCAGGACACUUCUACCUCUACCAGGUGAUCUCUCGCUGGGAAGAGUACAUGAGCAAAGUCAGGCCCAAACAGGGCAAGAAGGUGGAGGUGCAAGCUGUGGCAGCACACUUUCCCUUCCACAAGUACUUCUCCAACGCCCCCCAGCCUGUGUUCAAGGGCCGGUCAUAUGAAGAGGACAUGGACAUCGCAGAGGGCUGCUACCGCCACAUCAAGAAAAUAUUUACCCAGCUGGAGGAGUUCAGGGCCUUUGAGCUGCUGAGGAGUGGACUGGACCGCUCCAAGUAUCUGCUCGUGAAAGAAGCCAAAAUCAUUGCCAUGACCUGUACACAUGCUGCGCUCAAACGUCAUGACCUGGUGGAGCUGGGAUUUAAGUAUGACAACAUCCUGAUGGAGGAAGCUGCCCAGAUUCUGGAGAUUGAGACCUUCAUCCCCCUCCUGCUACAGAACCCAGAGGAUGGCUACAGCAGGCUAAAACGUUGGAUCAUGAUUGGGGACCACCAUCAGUUGCCCCCUGUUAUCAAGAACAUGGCCUUCCAGAAGUACUCCAACAUGGAGCAGUCUCUCUUCACCCGAUUUGUGCGCCUUGGAGUACCCACCAUAGAUCUGGAUGCACAGGGCCGUGCUCGGGCAAGCCUGUGUAACCUCUAUAACUGGCGCUACAAACACCUGGGGAACCUGCCUCAUGUCCAGCAACUGCCUGAGUUCCAGGUUCCCAACCCGGGCUUGACCUUUGACUUCCAGCUAAUAAAUGUGGAGGACUUCAAUGGGGUGGGAGAGUCUGAGCCCAACCCAUACUUUUACCAGAACUUGGCAGAGGCGGAGUAUAGCGUGGCUUUGUACAUGUACAUGCGUCUGCUAGGCUACCCUGCUGACCGCAUCAGCAUCCUCACCACCUACAAUGGACAGAAACACCUGAUCAGAGACGUCAUCAACCAGCGCUGCGCUGGCAACCCCUUCUUUAGUCAGCCUAACAAGGUGACAACAGUGGACAGGUUCCAGGGUCAGCAGAACGACUACAUCAUCCUCUCACUGGUCCGCACCAAAGCCGUGGGACACCUGAGGGAUGUGAGGCGUCUGGUGGUAGCCAUGUCAAGAGCCAGACUGGGUCUGUAUAUCUUCGCCCGGGUGUCUCUGUUUCAAAACUGCUUCGAGCUGACUCCUGUCUUCAACCAGCUCACUGCCAGACCCCUGAAGCUGCACAUCAGGCCGCAUGAAUACUACAGCCAGGAACAGCCCAGAGAUGCUUCUGGACAGCCAGACCAAAUCAUCAACAACAUGCCAGAGAUGACCAACCUUGUGUACAAUAUGUACAUGCACAUGAUUCAGACCUCCCAGAAGUACAGACAGCAACAGCAGAAACUGGCACUACCUCCUCAACAAACCAAGACCGACGCUGUGGUUGAGAAAGCGCCAGUUAGCUCCGGGGAGCCACAGGAAGAAACCCCCAUGGAGCAGGACACCCCAGAAGGAGAGGCAAAAAACUCUGAGCCAAACUCAGAGGACACCAGUGAAAAAGAAGAAAAGCAAGACACAGUGGGUCACGCUAAGAUGCCAGAGCAUCCCGGCAGAGACAGCGAUAGUGACGGCGAGGACAGCGGAGAGGAGCAAAAGGAGUAGAGGCUCCACAUAUGGGACUACUGUUUAAUUAAAGGCCUCAGUUGUUGAGGGGACCAAGUGGACUGUCCCUUCAGGAAAGAUUAGCAGGGAGUCAGUGAUUCUGAAUUAGUUUUCUACUGAGAGAAGAUCCCGGUGAUAAUGUUGCAUCCUUUUUUUCUAGAACAUUCAAUUUUGUAACCAUCAGUACUUUUCUAUUAAAAAAAAAAAAAGUAAAUCCUCUAUUGUCUGUGACAUGUGUUACUAUACAUGCACCCACCCGCGCUUAUAAUACUCUUAAAGAGGUCCUGAGCUGUAUCACUCUUGCACGCACACUCUCCCAGACAAAUACAGUGUAUAGUCAACAUGUUUAAGCCUUGUUAAAAUCUCUCUGUCAUGAUACUUCCAUCCAUUCAUCUGCUUCCCUCCUCUGCUUUAAGCACAACUCAAAUCUGAUUGGCUCAGCCUAUACCAGCUACACAAGCUGCGACUAAGCUGCAUUUGUAGGUCAGUCACUUCACCCAAGGGCCACUGUGCAUGCUGGGGGAUUUCAACUCACCCUCUGGAUGUACACAGUCUCUCAACCAGCGAGCCUUAAAUCCUUUGCCAUUCAUAACUUUGCGUGGAGUACUGAAAGGACCGCGCUCUGCAGAACAGCGCGUUAGAGUUUAUCGACCAAAUUUAGGCGUAAAAUUUUAUGUUGAGGACAAAGCAACCAUUCAAAGUUCAAACUCAGGUUUUGAUAAUUAAAACAUACGUCCACUCAAAAUGAAGAGGUUAACACAGUCCACAGCCUUGUGGGCAAAAACACAGACUGGAAAUUCAUUCAUUAUCAUGCACCAGAGGUUGGUUGUUGUUACAUCAUACCUCGGGCAGGCUGAGAACAGGUCAGCUGCACAGCUGCUCGAGCCUGGGCCAGUCUAAAGACCUGAUGGAGAACCAUGUGUUGAUAGAUGUGGAGAGACAUUCUCUGCAUUCAGUCAAGUGUGGAGCCACAUAGCUUCUAUUUUUCUACUUUCAGAGAGCGGGGCACUCCGGGUCGAAGUUCCUCCCGAGUAUUUUGGAGUAGUAGGAUAUGCCUCUCUUUCGGCUGAGGAAAGGAUUACAAUGAGAGGUUAGAUAAGGAAGAUAAUCCCUGUCGGCUGAGGCUGCAUGUACAAAUCACUGACAGUUUUGGCAUGAAGCCCACAAGACACAGACCAAUAUACUGUAUCACAUGAUGCUGGAAUAUCUCAUGAUUUGUGCUGAAUGACUGAACAUAGCCACAACAGACUUUAUGAAGCCGUAACACGAACAGUCAUGCUGAUCCAUCUGAUUAGUCCUCUACAAACCCAUGACAGCAAGCAUACUUUCUCUUGAGUCACAUGAAUGUCUGCAUUGUGUAACAUCCACCCUCUGCUGAGCCUACCAGUUACUAACUUUCUGUUUUCUCCCAGCUGGCCACGAGAGAAUUCAGUUGCCUGUGGUGCCUUGUUGUAGGAAAUUAGCACUAACUGGUGGGACGUGACUACUGCUUGCACACUCUGAAGGUCUCGAGCAGGAUCUGGGAGACUGGAAGGAAUAGCUACAAGGGAGGAGAAGAUCAGGAGCUCACGUCCUCCAGAAGCUUUCUCUGCUGAAGACUAGGAUGGGCAGUUGUGGGUCAUGUUUCUGGGGCAUCAUCUGGCUGCUGGUUCUGUUCUGCUUCGGCUGGCCCCUCAGCAUCACCUUAGGGGGUCUCUACGGCCUCGUCAGCCCCCUCACCACCUGCCUCGGCCUGGACCGACUCUCCGAACUACUCCUGGAGGGCGCCAGCCUGGGCCGGACCUGUGCCAAUAACAUGAGGCACGGCAAGCCUCUGUGUUGAGAUCCAUCCUGAGAGAUCAGGACUGGAGAUGGAGGCAAGAUUGUUGCUUCUCCACGGAGAGAAGCUUUUCUUCAAGGAGAACUGUUCAUGUCUGUUUUAUGUGGAGAUAUCCUGAGAUGAUUAGCACUCUAUACAGUGAGACACUUUUCACCAAGUUAUGUAACAAAAAGGUCCAGAAGGUUUGGAAAAUGGAUCCCACUUGUUCUGUUAACAUGUUAUUAACCAUGGGUUUUAAAUUUGUAUGGGUUUGUUCGAAAGGAAAUAGGCUUUGUGUUCAUGGUCUGUGUUUGCUGUUUAAUUCACGAUGACACUGCAUGGAGAAGAUAAGAAUGAAAAUGGCAAUUUAACAAUGGAAAUGCUUAGACUUGUAAAUGACUGUAUGGAAACUUUUAAUGCGAUUAAAACUGCUUUGAACUUGC